UGGAGAGGCCCAAACACAGCUUGUUGGAGCUGAUCCGUCCAGCCCAGCAGCUGCUGGACCCUACCUAGGACAGAGCUCAGGCUCCAGUGACGGCUUCACCAUCCUACCGGAGAAGACCAGCCACCAGAUCCCUCCCCUGAAGCUCCAGCUCUUCCUGCCCAGAGCCAUGACUUUCUCGGACCUCCUGGAGCACGUGGGCAGCAUGGGCCGCUUCCAGUACCUGCACGUGGCCCUGCUUAGCCUUCCGAUCCUUGGCAUGGCCAACCACAACCUGCUGCAGAUCUUCGCGGCCACCACCCCUGCCCACCACUGUCGCCCACCCCCCAACGCCUCCACAGGGCCCUGGGUGCCCCUCCUGGACCCCACUGGGAAGCCUGAGAGGUGCCUCCGCUUGGUGCACACACCCAAUGCCAGCGUGCCCAACGCCACCCGGGUGGCCACCGAACCCUGCCUGGACGGCUGGGUCUACAAUACCAGCGGGGACACCAUUGUGACAGAGUGGGACCUGGUGUGCGACUCCUCCAAGCUGAAGGAGAUGACGCAGUCAGUCUUCAUGGCAGGCAUCCUGAUCGGAGGUCUGGUGCUGGGGGAGCUGUCCGACAGGUUUGGCCGCAAGCCCAUCUUGACCCUCAGCUACCUCAUGCUGGCCACCAGCGGCUCGGGUGCAGCCUUCAGCCCCAGCCUCCCCGUCUACAUGGUCUUCCGCUUCCUGUGCGGCUUGAGCAUCUCUGGCAUCAGCCUGAGCACCGUCAUCCUGAAUGUGGAGUGGGUGCCCACCCGGAUUCGGGCCAUCUCAUCCACGACCAUCGGCUACUUCUACACCUUCGGCCAGUUCCUCCUGUCUGGCCUGGCCUACGCCAUCCCCCACUGGCGCUGGCUGCAGCUGACUGUAUCCGUACCAUUCUUCAUCUUCUCCCUGCUGUCCUGGUGGAUCCCCGAGUCCAUCCGCUGGAUGGUGCUAUCUGGAAAGUUCUCAAAGGCUCUGCAGACACUGCGGCGUGUGGCCACCUUCAACGGCAAGAAAGAAGAAGGGGAGAAGCUCAGUGUGGAGGAGCUGAAACUCAGCCUUCAGAAGGACAUCAUCUUGGCCAAGGUCAAGUACAGCAUCAUGGACUUGUUCCGAGUGCCCAUCCUGCGUCGCGUGACUCUCUGUCUCUCCCUGGCCUGGUUUUCCACCGGCUUCGCCUACUACAGUUUGGCCAUGGGAGUGGAGGACUUUGGAGUGGACAUCUACAUCCUCCAGGUCAUCUUCGGGGGUGUUGACAUCCCUGCCAAGCUCAUCACCAUCCUCUCCAUAAGCUACCUGGGCAGGCACAUCACCCAGGCCACUGUCCUGCUCCUGGCUGGUGGUGCCAUCCUGGCUCUCGUCUUCAUGCCUGAGGACAUGUACAUCCUGAAGACAGCACUGGCUGUGUUUGGAAAGGGAUGCCUGUCAGGCUCCUUCAGCUGCAUCUUCCUCUACACUAGUGAGCUCUACCCGACAGUCAUCCGGCAGACAGGCAUGGGCAUCACCAACAUGUGGGCCCGCGUGGGCAGCAUGAUUGCCCCACUGGUGAAGAUCACAGGUGAGGUGCAGCCCAUCAUCCCCAACAUCAUCUACGGGACCAUGGCCCUCCUAGGAGGCAGCGCUGCCUUCUUCCUGCCUGAGACCCUCAACCACCCUCUGCCAGAGAACAUCGAGGACAUGCAGCAGUGGUGCAAGCCAGCAAAGGAUACAAAGCUGGAGCUGGAGGUGAAGGAGGGCCAGAAGAUACCUCUAAAGUCAAGCACACCAGGCCUGGGCCCCAGCUGAGCACAGGGCCCUCCCUGACCCCUACAACAACCCUCAUGGCCCUGCCUGCCUUGGGCCCUGCCUGGGGUGGGGCUUGGGCAGGUCUGUGCACCCUCCAUAGCCUUCUGUGGGUGCAGUGAAGCCUCCCACCCCCUCCUCCAGGGCCUCAGCCACAGCCAGCCUAGCUGCCUGCCCACCUCAGGCCCAUCGCCCACCCCAGGCCCUGCUGUCCCCCUGGUUCCGGCCUCUUCCCAAGGUCCCCUGGCUCAACCCUGGCAGACAGCAUCCCCUUCUUGCCCUUAACCCCUCUCUUGGAUGGGAAAUUUCAAUAAACGGCAACAAGAA